UUCUGUGCUGUUACAGGUGAAGUUGAAGCAGAAGAUGAGGGCUCUCCCAAGCCCAGACGUGUCACUUAUGACGUGUCCAAGCUGGUGAAUUACCCAGGCUUUAACAUCUCCACUCCCAGUGGCAUCCCAGAUGAGUGGCAGAUGUUUGGUUCCAUCCCCAUGCAGCCAUCUCAACAGAAGGAUGUUUUUGCUCACUACCUUUCUAAUUAUCAGGAGCCAAGUCCCAAAUCCAGCAGCAAAAGGGCUGCACCCCAGCCCAAGUCUCGUCAUUCCAAACGAGCCAGAGAAGACACUUCAGAGGUGGCAGCAGCUGACAUGGACCUGGACUCUGAUCUGGAAGGAGCACAGAGAUCUCAAACUCCCAACAGUUUCCAGUUCCAGCCUCCUCUGCCCCCUGGAUCUCCAUCCAUGUCCACUCCCCCCCCUGUGCCCCAAGGGACACCCCCAGUGACCCCCCCCCAGCCCUCCUCACCCAGGGCUGCCCCAGCCCCCAGUGACAGCCCCCAGCCCAAAAUCGUGGACUCAGUGAUGGAUGAGGACACCCUGACCCUGGAGGAGCUGGAGGAGCAGCAGAGGUUGAUCUGGGCAGCGCUGGAGCAGGCAGAGAGCACCAACAGUGACUCUGAUAUUCCUGUGGACACACCUUUAACUGGCAAUUCCCUGACUUCAUCACCAGCCAGGAAUGAAGCAGAUCUGGUUGCAGAAGUCAGGUCACCUGAGAAAGUGAUCUCAGUGGAAACAGAGCUUUCUGACAUCAGCGAGCAGAUCCCAGAAAAUGAACAUUCUCUAACCAGUCCCAACCUAGAGGACAGUUUGCUUGACUUGAAGGAAAAUCCUGAUCCUGCAGUUUCUGAGGGCCUGCUGGAUGACACCCUGCCUGCUGCCCCCCCUGAGGUCAACGAGGGGGAAAACACAGCUGGUAAUAAAGUGCCCACAAGCACUGGAUCAGCUGUGAAAAAAUCUGGACUUGUUCCUGACAUGAGCAAGUUUGCUGAAGGCAUCACACCGUUUGAGUUUGAAAACAUGGCAGAAUCAACUGGGGUCUAUCUACGGAUAAGAAGCCUCUUAAAAAAUUCCCCAAGAAACCAGCAAAAGAAAAAGACUUAAAUCUUAAUUGGUCUUUAGUUUUGUUAUAUCCAAAUCCCUUCUGUUUCCCCAGCAGUUUUACAAACUCAGAUAACCUCCCUCAUCUUAUGGGAAAGAGAAAAUCUUGACAAAUGCAGGUCUGCCCUGUUCUUCCUUGGUGCUGAAGUCAGUGCAGGUUUCCAUCUUGACCAGGAUCACCAAUGCAGGCAGCAAAUGCAGAAUUUUCCCAAAUUGCAAGCUCCCACUAAGGAAUAACAGGACAGAUGAUUUGUUAAGACCAUUUUAUUUGCCAAUACUCAAGACUCUAAAAUGCAGAGUUUGUGGUUUGGUGUUCAUUAUUUUGGCUAAGAUUUAUAUUGUCCUUGAGUUUCAGGUGGAUUGGUGAUUUUUUUAAUAUCUGUCCUUUGUACAAUAAUCUAUACUUUAUACAUUUUGCUAAUUAUCCUGUAGAUAAGUUUAAUAUAUUCUGAAUGUUUUUAAAAAGGUCUGAUGUCAAGAUUUCCCACAUCAAAGUCCUGGCAAUUGGAAGAAAAUAAUUGGGGAUUACAAUGCUAUUUUCACCAUUUCAAGUAUUUUUAUAAAUUAUUUAUGUGGGUCUGUUUUAACUGCCACUGUAUCUUUUGUAGCAUUGUCCUUCAUGUAAACUUGCUGUACAGACAUGUUCGUGUUGUCUACAGAGGUUUAAUAAAUGAGCUUUUAGCUAAAGAGCUUUUAAUUGGA